AUGUCAGGCCGAAACGGGUCUGCGAGCGAUGCAGACUGUCGAAUCUCGGAGGACUGCCGUGUCCCGGAUGUAGAGCUGAUGGAGCUGGGACCCCUGCUGGAGGAGGCGGGCCGGCAGGCAGCGGGGAAAGGCAUGAUGUCGGAGGUGAGAGUGGGGGAGACAAAGGUUACAUCCCAAAUGGCACCCUAUUCCCCCUAAUUUUGAUCAGUUUCCUAUGGGCCCUAGUUAAAAGUAGUGCACUAUAUAGGGAAUAGGGUGUCAUUUGUGAUGAAGCCGGACUCAACUGCUGUAUUACCACAGGUAAUUUCUAAAGCAUGGCGCAGAAUCUUCCAAAUCAACAUUUUGAAAGAUUCAGGUGGUCUGCAAACACCAAAGUUUCUAAUGAAAGCAUGGGUGUAUUCAGAGAGGUGAAAGUUCAGAACGUUGUAGAACUCCUUAUUGGCCUAUUCUACAUGGCAGACAAAUUGGUUUGUUCUACACAAUGCGUUUAUCUGAAUGUUCUGUAGCGUUGCACCCUCCUAAAUAGACCCCAGUUGAAGACAAAACAAAUGUAGGGUGAGGUCAUUGAGAAAUAGAGCUCAGCUUGGUGGGGUCACACCUAAGUAAUGGUCAGGGAAAAGUAGAUCAAAGCCAACUAGGAUUUGUUUCUCAUGUGUUCACUAUUAUACUGCACCGCUCUACUCGCCUAACUAAAUCACCUUCCACCUUCUCUCUGGCUGUCUGCAGGGGGCCUCAGUUCUGCCUGAUGAUGAUGAUGAUGACGACGAAGAGGUGGAAGGGGUCCUGACGCUGCCCCUCCAGGCUCACCACGCCAUGGAGAAGAUGGAGGAGUUUGUGCACAAAGUAGGCAUCAUUGGGCUGUUCCAGAAAGCAGGAUCAUUAAGUUAGCCAGCUAACUUUGAUAACAAGCCAAAUAUAUCUCUUGAUUUUCUGAUUCAUUUAGAAAGCUAAACUUGAAUAUGGGUUGUUGGUUGUCGAGUCAAUUAUACCAUGCCCAUUUCAAGUCUAUAUUUCUUGAAAAUAUGAAGUUAUUUCAGAAUUCUGGGACAGUUAGCUGGCUAACUCAUUGAUCCUGCUUUCUGGAACAGCCCCAUGGCUGCUCUGUCUAAGUUCAUACACAGAGAGAAUAAGACUGGUGAGAUGAACAGGACAUUCAUGUAAGCCUAUACCCUUGUGUUUCAGGUGUGGAAGGGUAGCUGGAGGGUAAUCCCUUUUCAUGUCCUGCCGGAGUGGCUGAAGGACAACGACUACCUCCUGCAUGGACACCGGCCCCCGAUGCCCUCCUUCCGCGCCUGCUUUGGAAGCAUCUUCAGGAUCCAUACAGAAACAGGGAACAUCUGGACCCACCUUCUGGGUGAGUGUGUGAGAUACACUAAAUGGCCCAAAGUAUGUGGACAUCCCUUCAAAUGAGUGGAUUCGGCUAUUUCAGAGACACCCGUUAUAAAAUUGAGCACACAGCCAUGCAAUCUCCAUAGACAAAUAAUGGCAGUAGAAUGGCCUGUGCUGAAGAGCUUAGUGACCUUCAAUGUGGCACCGUCAUAGGAUGCCGCCUUUCCAACAAGUCAUUUCGUCAAAUUUCUGCCCAGAUAGAGCUGCCCCGGUCAACUGUAAAUGCUGUUAUUGUGAAGUUGAAACGUCAAGGAGCGAAAACAGCUCAGCCGCGAAGUGGUAGGCUACACAAGCUCACCGAACGGGACCGCCGAGUGCUGAAGCGCAUAGUGCAUAAAAAUAGUCUGUCCUCGGUUGCAACACUCACUACAGACUUCCAAACUGCCUCUGGAAGCAAUGUCAGCACAAGAACUGUUCAUCGGGAGUGUCAUGAAAUGGGUUUCCAUGGUCAAGUAGCCGCACACAAGCCUAAGAUCACCAUGCGCAAUGCCAAGCGUCGGCUGGAGUGGUGUAAAGCUCGCCGCCAUUGGACUCUGGAGCAGUGGAAACGCGUUCUCUGGAGUGAUGAAUCACGCUUCACCAUAUGGCAGUCCGACAGACGUAUCUGGGUUUGGCGGCUGCCAAGAGGACCCUACCUUCCCCAAUGCAUAAGUGCCUACUGUAAAGUUUGGUGGAGGAGGAAUAAGGGUCUGGGGCUGUUUUUCAUGGUUUGGGCUAGGCCCCUUAGUUCCAAUGAAGGGAAAUCUUAACGCUACAGCAUACAAUGACAUUCUAGACUAUUCUGUGCUUCCGACUUUGUGGCAACAGUUUGGGGAAGGCCCUUUCCUGUUUCAGCAUGAGAAUGCCCCGUGCACAAAGCGAGGUCCAUACAGAAAUGGUUUGUCGAGAUCGGUGUGGAAGAACUUGACUGGCCUGUACAGAGCCCUGACCUCAACCCCAUCAAACACCUUUGGGAUGAAUUUGAACGCUGACUGCCCGACCUCACUAAUGCUCUUGUGGCUGAAUGGAAGCAAUUCCCCGCAGCAAUGUUCCAACAUUUAGUGGAAAGCCUUCUCAUUAGAGUGGAGGCUGUUAUAGCAGCAAUUGGGGGACCAACUCCAUAUUAUUGGCCAAGAAUUUUGAAUUAUAUGUUCGACGAGCAGGUGUCCACAUACUUCUGGCCAAUCCUCACAUGUUUAACCUUAUGCCUAUAAAGUUGCUGUGAAGCACAAGUCCAUGUUCCCCACAACUAGGGCACAUUCAGUAGAAGUUCAGCGUGCUGCUGUUAAGCAAUGCAGUCACUUAUCCAUACUACAUAGCAAAGAAUUGUGCCUCCUCUACACAUCACAUUUCCAUAUACAAUGGCCUUGAUUGUGCCCCCCAAUGUAUAUACAGUAUGCCCCAUAGAGAUCCCUUUCUUUUGCUAAUAUUAAUUUGUUAUGAUAUGCCCUAUAUGAUUACUGAUCCACUAAUGAUGGCCUCACCUCUCCAACCCCCAGGGCUGAUCCUGUUUAUUUGUCUGGGCACAUACACCAUUCUGAGGCCCAACAUGUACUUCAUGGCGCCCCUGCAGGAGAAGGUGGUGUUUGGGAUGUUCUUUCUGGGCGCCGUGCUCUGCCUCAGCUUCUCCUGGCUCUUUCAUACCGUCUACUGCCACUCUGAGAAAGUGUCUCGCACCUUCUCCAAGUAAGGCCACAUGGCCCCCCUCCCUCUUGCUCACGCAGAACUUUGUUUGUUUUCCAAUUAGCACUCCUGUGUUUCUGAGAAGAAAUGUAAUGUUUCAUUUCAGAAAUGGUUUUAAGUUGGAGUGUCAUCCAAAUGGAUCUGCCUCAUCCUUCAUCAAACCUCCACGGUGUUGUUUCUCCCUUUAGGCUUGACUACUCAGGUAUCGCCCUGCUGAUCAUGGGUUCCUUCGUGCCCUGGCUCUACUACUCGUUCUACUGUUCCCCGCAGCCACGCCUCAUCUACCUCACCAUUGUCUGUGUGCUGGGCAUCGCCGCCAUCGUAGUGGCCCAGUGGGAACGCUUCUCCACGCCCGCGCACCGGCCCACACGAGCAGGUGCUGCACCACAUAUUAACCAGCCUGUCAGAGUGAACUGUGACGUAGAUACAGAGCAAGGACAUGCAUGUAAAUGUGUUAAUACAACAUACCAUAUAGCUACUAUCUUUAUAGUAAGAUUUGUUAAUUUUAUUUGAAUGUUUCUAUGAAUAUCGCUAGCAACAACAGAAUAAGCACAUUUUUAAUUACAUACCUAAAGUAGAAAAGAGGAGAAUAUCGUAUUGCUAAUGAUGUCAACUUUAUUUCCCCAGUCCUGAUAUAGAGCAAAUUAUACUCAUUGGGGCCAAUUACUCACUGGAGUAUCUGACAGGCUUUGAAGAAGCACCUGCAAAUAGGCUACCAGUCCAUUAUAAUGUGGGGAGGUCAAAAAAAUGAAACUAUCUACCAAAUCUAUUAAUUUUAAAAUGUUUUACUUCUCCUUGCCAUUAUCAUUUACCUGAUGAUAGGACAAGAUGUGGGGGGGAAAAAAGUACAAAAUAUAUUUUGCUAACGUAUGAUGGGUUGCUGGUUUUCCUGGGAGGGGGUCGCUGGGCAAGAAAAGGUUGAAGACCCCUGUCCUAUACUACGGAUUCUCCAGCCCAGUGCUUCCACCAAACAACCUUUCCCCUCCAUGUCUCCCACAGGAGUGUUCAUGGGCCUGGGACUGAGCGGCAUCGUCCCCACAGUCCACUUCACCAUCGAGGAGGGCUUCGUCAAGGCCACCACUGUGGGACAGAUGGGCUGGUUCUACCUGAUGGGCGCCAUGUACAUCACUGGCGCCGGACUGUACGCCGCCAGGAUCCCCGAACGCUACUUCCCCGGCAAAUGUGACAUCUGGGUAAGACAGGCACUUUUUUUUUUUACCCUAUUCCAUUUAUACUGCAACACUCUGGUCAAAAGUAGUGCACUAUAUAGGCUGCCAUUUGGGAUUAUUAUAUAAUAAUGUUAUGGUCAUUUAUCAAAUGCUUUUAUGUGAUGUGACUUACGUUCUCACGUUCUGUACUGAACUGUAGGCAUAUGCGGCCCAUGCAGUAAUCAAACCCCUAGAACUUUAGGUUUGCAAACGCCACGCUCCAACCAGAGGAGCCUUUGGAGAUACUCUGGAUGCAUCCCAAAUGGCACCUUAUUCCCUAUUUAGUGCACUACUUUUGACCAGAGCCUUAUGGGGUUAAUGCACUAAAUAGAGAAUGAUGGUGCCAUUUGGGACGCACCUCUGACCUCCCUCUCUCCUCAGUUCCACUCCCACCAGAUCUUCCAUGUCCUGGUGGUGGCAGCAGCCUUCAUCCACUUCUACGGCGUCACCAACCUGCAGGAGUUCCGCUACGGCCUGGAGGGAGGCUGCACUGACGACACCCUUCUCUGA